GUCAAUCAGCCUGUCACAUUUAUAAAUAAAGUGCAUUUUUGGAAAAGUUUUUGUUAUGAAAUUAUUUUAACGCACCUUUUAUUAAAUAAACUUAAAUAAAAAACUAUGAAUAACUUAAGAUUUAUCAAGGAAUUAAGCAAAUUCAGACAAUGGCCGGCACUAACUUUGCACCGUUGUAUGGCACAGAAAGUUGAAACUAAAGCUAGUGGCACCAAACGCCCUCAAGCAGAGGAGGAAGAAGAUAAUGAACCUAUUAAGUUCUUUGGCAGCCGUGCAGCUUCGUGGCGUGCUAAGGACACAAGAAGUGGAGGCUCGGAUGAGCAUUUAUGGUACCAGCCUUACGUUAUUUCUGCCAGUUUGGGAAUAUUUCUUCUGUACUUUUGUGUAUUACGCGAGGAAAGUGAUAUAGAUAUUAAAUUGGAGGGAAAUUUGUUUGAACAUGUGAAGGGUUUGGAAGAGGUGCAAUUAACCAUGAAUUAUAAGUAUAAUAAGGAGAAUGGUUUGGAUAACAAGGAAGUCAUCGAGAGGCUUAAGGAUUUAGGUAUUGAUGUUAAUUUAUUGGAUACUAAAUUGGCAGAAGGUAAUUAAGGCGAUUGCUAUUAAUCUUAAGUAGUUUUAUGUUUGUGAGUUUUACAAAAAAAGGAAUAAAAUUAUAAAAAAAUAUGUUAAAA